UGGGGCGGCUCGCGAAAAAAAAGAGGAAAGGGCCUUCAACACACACAUACCCCAGUUUCUGCCUCAUAGGUAGAAGGGUGAACUAUCCAAACCCGCCUGCAUGGUUUCUCUUGCAGGCUACUCUUUGUACCGUCUCCCCUUGGAGAAGGGGAGAGAGAUCUCUCCAUUCCCCGCCCUCCAACCAAGCAAGACUGUGUCCUCAUCACGGAACACCCCCAUCUUGCACAACAAGCCCGGGGAAAGGGCUAGGUUGAUCUCGGAGGGAAGGUGGUGGUGGGGAUCAUGAAAAACAGAAGCUCCCUCCCAAAAAACCAGGCGUGUCCAACUGCAAAGCGGUCCCCAUACCUCUUAUUUUCCUUCUAAACUUAAAAUCUCAAGACUGGAGAAAAUUAACUUCCAGCUCCUGAAGGGGAAGGGGCUUCUCCAGGCGCCCUUUUGAGGGUUUGAAUGGUGACAAAAGCUGCCAGAUGCAUCUCCCCUUCCCCACCCCCCUAAAAAUUGGCUACUUGUGGAUUAGGGCUCUUUUGUGUUGGUGCCCACCUUGCUUAUUUCCAGACUCACAACUUGCCUUCAAAACAUUUACAGCUGGAGGUCCUCAUAGGGUUAAGUAUAGAAGAUUACCUGACAGCCCUACAAAGUGAGCCAGGGUGAGAGCCUGUGUGGUGGUGUCCUAUUGAAGACCAGAGAGACCCAGGCUCAAAUCCCUGUUCAGCUACAUGGCUCCCUGAGUGAUCAUAGAAUAGUAGAGUUGGAAUGGGCCUAUAAGGCCAUCAAGUCCAACCUCCUGCUCAAUGCACGAAUCCAAAUCAAAGCAUUCCCGACAGAUGGCUGUCCAGCUGCCUCUUGAAUGCCUCCAGUGUCGGAGAGCCCACUACCUCUCUUGGAUGUUAUGUGCCUUCAAGUUGAUUAUGACUUAUGGUGACCCUAUGAAUCAGCAAUCUCCAACAGCAUCUGUCGAGAACCACCCUGUUCAGAUCUUGUAAGUUCAGUCAGGUGAGUGGCAGGACACGGAGAACUAUUGGGAGCCAUUUGUGCUGUCAAGCCUGAAGCAACCAAGCAUGAAGUCGGAAAAGAGUCAAUAGGAAAUCAAAGGAAAGACAAAAAAAGCAUUAAGAAAACAAAUUGCAGAAUGGGAGUAAGAAAAGGUCAUUGCAGAAACCACAAAGAGGAGAAACCAUAUAAAUGCAUGGAGUGUGGAAUGAGCUUCAGUAAUAGUGGAAGCCUUACUUUACAUCUAAGAAUCCACACAGGAGAGAAACCAUAUAAAUGUGCAGAGUGUGGGAAUAGCUUCAGCACUAGUGGAAACCUCACUAAACAUCAAAGAACACAUACAGGAGAGAAACCAUAUAAAUGCAUGGUAUGUGAAAAGUGCUUCAGACAGCAUCAACAUCUUGCUUCACAUGAAAGAAUCCAUACAGGGGAAAAACCUUAUAAAUGCAUGGAAUGUGGAAAGACUUUCAGUACUAGUGGAAAGCUCACUUCUCAUCAAAGAACCCACACAGGUGAAAAAACAUAUAAAUGCAUGGAGUGUGGAAAGAUGCUCAGUGAUCGUGGAAGCCUUACUGUACAUCAACGAACUCACACAGGGGAGAAACCAUAUCAAUGCAUGGAGUGUGGAAAAAGCUUCAGAGACAGUGGAGGCCUUAAUUCACAUCUAAGAACCCACACAGGGGAGAAACCAUAUCAGUGCAUGAAAUGUGGGAAAAGCUUCAGUUAUAGUGGAAGACUUACUUCACAUCUAAGGACCCACACAGGAGAGAAACCAUAUAAAUGUAUGGAGUGUGGGAAAAACUUCAGUGAUAGCGGAGGUCUUGCAAAACAUCAAAGAACCCACACAGGAGAGAAACCAUAUAAAUGUUUGGAGUGCGGAAAAAGCUUCAGUGAAAGUGGAUACCUUAAUAAACAUCAAAGAACACACACGGGAGAGAAGCCAUAUCAUUGCACAGAGUGUGGAAAGAGCUUCAGUAAUGGUGGAAAACUCACUUUACAUCAACGAACCCACUCAGGGGAGAAACCAUUUAAGUGCAUGGAGUGUGGAAAAAGAUUCAGUGACAGUGGAAGUCUUGCAAAACAUCAAAGAACCCACACAGGUGAGAAACCAUAUGAAUGUAUGGAGUGUGGAAAAUGCUUCAGUCAAAGUGGAAACCUUAAUACACAUCAAAGAAUCCACACAGGAGAGAAACCAUAUAAAUGCAUAGAAUGUGGAAAGGACUUUACACAGAAUGAAGCUCUUGUUUUACAUCAAAGAACCCACACAGGGGAAAAACCAUAUGAAUGCAUAGACUGCAGAAAGUGUUUCAGCAGUAUUGGAAAGCUCACUUCACAUCAGAGAACACACACAGGGGAGAAACCAUACAAAUGCAUAGAAUGUGGGAAAAUGUUCUGUGAUAGUGGAAGCCUCACUUCACAUCAAAGAACUCAUACAGGGGAGAAACCUUAUAAAUGCAUGAAGUGUGGAAAGUGUUUCAGCAGUAGUGGAAACUUCUCUAUACAUCAAAGAACCCACACAGGAGAAAAGGCAUAUGAAUGUGUAGAGUGUGGAAAGAGUUUCAGUACUAGUGGAAAGCUCACUAAACAUCAAAGAAUCCACACGGGAGAAACCACAUCAAUGCAUCAAGUGUGGAAAGAUGUUCAGUGAGAGUAGAAGUCUUAGUGUUCAUCAAAGAAUCCACAUGGGAGAAACCAUAUGAAUGCAUAGAUUGUGGAAAGAGUUUCCACAGUAGUGGAAACCUCACUAAAGAUUAGAGAACCCACACGGGAGAAACUGUAUACAUGCAUGGACUGUGGCAAAAGCUUCAAUCAUAGGUCAAAUCUGGCACAACAUAAAAAAAACCCACAGAUGAGAAACUAUAUAAAUGUAUAGAGUGUGGGAAUAGCUUUGGUCAGAGUGGAUACCUUAAUACACAUCAAAUUACCCAUACAGGGUAGAAACCAUAUUAAUGUAUAGAAUGCAGAAAAAGCUUUACUUAACAUGAAAGAACCCGUACAGGGAAAACCAUAUAAAUACAAGGAAUUUAUGUGAGCAGUAGCCUUAGUUUACAUCAAAGAACUCGGACAUUGGAAACAUAACACUGCAUGAAGUAGUGAAAGAGCUCCAAUGAUAGUAGUAACUUUAAGAGCUAUCAAAGAAUCCACAUUGGUGAGAAAACAUAUAAAUGAAUAGAAUAUUGAAAGAGCUUCAGUCAGAUGAGAAAGAAUCCACAUGGGAGAAACCAUAGAAAUAUUUGAAAGGUUGAAAGAGCUGUUCUAGUGGAAAGCUUACUUUAUAUAAUGGAACACAUACAGCAGAUAAAUAAUUUAAAUGUAUAAAAUGUAUUCUUACUCCAUAUGAAAAUCCACUUAAAGCAAAAUAUUAUUUAAAUGCAUAUUCUCUGGAAGAUGAUUCAGUCACAGAGGAAGCCUUAAUACAGUGAAAAGACAUAAGGAAGAAACAGUUUGAAGUAUGGCACGUAUAAUGAAUUUAUAUCAAAUCAUAUUGGAAAGGCCUCUUCCAAAUCUCCCCUCCUCUUUAAGUCCCCAGCUGUGGAUGAAACAGGGAACACAGGAAGACUUGGAAAAGGCUUUAAGAUAUCCCCCACUCUAGUUUGAUCAAAUGGGCGUGCAGGAGCUGUUGUAAAGCCUCUUUAAAAUAGUGUGUAGAUGCGCAAGCUGCUUCAGUUGGCGCUUUUGCAUCAGACUUUAAUCCCCACACAGUUGAUGAGCAGAGAUUAAGUCCUGCUGCCUUGGCUGUGCAAUCCUGUUCCCUGAUGGGAACAGGAUUGCACAGCCAAGACAGGAUUAAACCCUGUCCUCCUGCCCAUCAGCUGACAUCACUAGUGAUGUCAGCAAGUGGGUGUGGUUUGGAGAAAAUGGUCUUGAGGGCCAAAUGGGACCCCAUGGGGGCCAUGCUUGGCCUGGAGGCCUGAGGUUCCCCAUCCUGAAGUAUCCUCCUGCACCAGUUCUGCAGGAUGGGUGUUGGGGCACAGAGUAUGGUGGUUCUAGCCCUACUUGUAGCAAGUAACAUUGAGAGAAUGCUCUGUGGCCCUCUGGCAUUUGUGUUAUGGGGCACUGUUUUGUCCCCAGUGCUAUUUAACAUCUGGUGGGAGCAAUAACUGUGUGGGGAAAACUACACUUCCCAGGAUUCUUUAGGGGAAGUCAUGCCCUUUAAAGGUGAGUUGGAUGUGCUUUAAAUGUAUUGUGUGGAUCUACUUAAUAAACUUUGCCUGCAUGUAAAUCGUUUUACCAUAUCUUGGCACAGUCAUUAACCAAAAUGGAGACAAUAGUCAAGAAAUCAGAAGAAGGCUAGGACUGGGGAGGGCAGCUAUGAGAAAACUAGAAAAGGUCCUCAAAUGCAAAAAUGUAUCACUAAACACCAAAGUCAGGAUCAUUCAGACUAUGGUAUUUCCGAUCUCCAUGUAUGGAUGUGAAAGUUGGACAGUGAAAAAGGCGAAUAAGAGAAAAAUCAACUCAUUUGAAAUGUGAUGUUGGAGGAGAGCUUUGCGCAUACCAUGGACUGUGAAAAAGACAAAUAAUUGGGUGUUAGAACAAAUUAAACCAGAACUAUCACUAGAAGCUAAAAUGAUGAAACUGAGGUUAUCAUACUUCUCACAUAAUGAGAAGACAUGAUUCACUAGAAAAGACAAUAAUGCUAGGAAAAACAGAGGGGAGCAGAAAAAGAGGAAGGCCAAACAAGAGGUGGACUGAUUCCAUAAAGGAAGCCACACCUGAACUUACAAGAUCUGAACAGGGUGGUUCAAGACAGAUGCUCUUGGAGGUCACUGAUUCAUAGGGUCUCCACAAGUCGUAAUCAACUUGAAGGCACAUAACAACAAAUUGUUUUAAUUAAUUUUUUAAAAUGGAAAUGAGCUAUAACGUUUACUGGGUGACUGUGGGGUACUCACCAUCUCUCAGCCUAAUCUACCCCACAGGAUGAAAACAACAGAGGGGAACUAUGACACCAUCUGUCGGGAAUGCUUUGAUUUGGAUUCCUGCAUUGAGCAGGGGGUUGGACUUGAUGACCUUACAGGCCCCUUCCAACUUUACUAUUCUAUGAUUCUAUGACCACCUCGAGGAAGAAGGGCACACUCAAAAUGUAGAGAAAGUAAUACUGUACAACCAUACUGAUACUUAUUGGGGUAUAAUAUGAAGAAAUAUUUAUAUAAGCAUGACUGUCAAAGAUGUUUAUUAUUUACACAACCUGUAAAUAUAUUUGUAGUGCAAUCCUAUGUUUCUUUACUCAGAAGCAAGUCCCAGUGUAUUCAAUGGGGCUUACUCAAACAGAGAAGCGUGCACAGAACUGCAGCCUCAAGUGAUAAGGAACUUUACUCACCCAACCCAAAAUUCAGAAUCAUGCCACUUUAAGCUGUUUUGCAACUGUUUAUACUUGAUUUUUAUGGUUACUGCAUUUUAAAGGGAUUUAUUUCUUGUUGUGAACUGCCUUGGUUUCCAGUUACCAACCCUACCUCACAGGGUUGUUGGGGAGAGAGACACACACACACACAGACACACACGAGAUGUAAAAAUACAUUGACCCCAUAUAAUAGUUUCUUGUCAAAACCAGUUGGUCAUUACAGAACAUUUUUUUAAAAAAUCAGUAUUCUUUUCCUACAUAAUAAAAG